GUCCCCGCCAUGGAGCUCGGCGUGAUUCAUCGGCGGCAGCAGCGGGGCAGCAGCGGGGCGCCGCGCAUCGUCCCCGCGUAGGCAGGGCUGCGGCGGGGGCAGCCCCGGCACCGCUCUGCCUCCCGCACCGCCCUCCUCCUCCUCCUCCUCUUCCUCGCCGCCUGCUCCUCUGCCCCCGCGGCUACGCGAGGAUCCCGGAGGAGGCAAGAUGGAAGAAAUCCUCCGAAAGCUGCAGAAGGAGGCGUCGGGGAGCAAGCACAGGGCCAUCAAGGAGAGCUGCACCUGUGCCAUCGAAAUCUUGAAUUCUCCUGAUGCUGCUGUCAAGAUACCUCCGUAUCAGCUAAGGGAGAAAUGUCUCCUUCCUCUCCAACUGGCUCUGGAAUCAAAGAGCAUGAAGCUGGCCCAACAGGCUCUAGCAGGGAUGCAGAAGCUGCUGUCUGAUGAGAGGUUUGUAUCCAUGGAAACAGACUCAGAUGAAAAACAGUUGCUUAAUCAGAUGCUGAAUGCCGUCAAAGUGACUCCUUCGCUCAACGAAGACCUACAGGUUGAAGUGAUGAAGGUCUUGCUCUGUAUAACAUAUACCUCCACAUUUGAGCUGAAUGGGAGUUCAGUGCUGAAGAUUGCUGAGGUUUGCAUUGAGACAUAUGUAUCUAGCUGUCACCAGCGGAGCAUUAACACCGCUGUGCGGGCAACCCUCAGCCAAAUGUUGAGUGACUUGACUUUACAGUUACGACAAAAGCAGGAAAAUAUGACAAUUGAAAACCAUGAUGCCUCACAGAAAUUCAAGACUCAAGGUACUUCAACUGAAUCUCUUUGUGAUGAUGUUGUAUCUGUCCUCACUGUGCUCUGUGAGAAGCUCCAGGCUGUCAUAAAUGACAAUCGGCAACUUCAGCUUCUUUACUUAGAGUGCAUCCUCUCCGUGUUGAACAGCUCGUCUCCCAGUAUGCACCAGCACAAAGGAUUCACUGAUCUAAUAUGGAAGCAACUGUGUCCAGCCCUCAUAGUAAUCCUGGGAAAUCCAAUCCAUGACAAAACUAUCACUUCUGCCCACAGCAGCAUCUGCCUUGAGGCUGAUUCACCUUCCUCAGGGAUCUCUGAUCAUGGCCGUGGUUCAGGUUGUUCCUCCACAGCACCUGCCCUUAGUGGGCCAGUUGCACGGACCAUAUAUUAUAUUGCAGCAGAACUGGUUCGACUGGUGGGUUCAGUGGAAUCCAUGAAGCCUGUGCUGCAGUCUCUCUAUCACCGGAUAUUGCUUUACCCACCACCUCAGCACCGAGUAGAAGCCAUCAAAAUUAUGAAAGAGAUACUUGGCAGCCCUCGGAGGCUUUGUGAUUUGGCAGGGCCUUGCUCUUCUGAGUCAGAAUCCAGGAAGAGGUGUAUUUCUAAAAGGAAGUCCCAUCUGGAUCUUCUCAAGCUCAUCAUGGAUGGGAUGACAGAAGCGUGCAUCAAAGGUGGUAUUGAAGCAUGUUAUGCUUCAGUGUCCUGUGUCUUUGCUCUGCUUGGAGCAUUAGAUGAACUGAGCCAAGGGAGAGGUCUUAGUGAAGAACAGAUCCAGCUGCUCCUCCAGCGCUUAGAAGAAUUGAAGGAUGGGACUGAGACAAGCAGAGACUCCAUGGAGAUCAAUGAUGCUGACUUUAGGUGGCAGAGGCGUAUCCUGUCUUCAGAAAAUCCUGCCUGGGAAUCAGGAAAUGAGAAGAGUCCUGAUAUUAGCAUUAGUGUUACUACUGACACUGGUCAGACCACUUUGGAAGGGGAUAUAGGACAGACAACUCCAGAGGAGAAUCCAGAAAGUCAAAAAAACUCACUGACCUCUCCAGCUGGACAUGAAAGCAAAGAGAUUCAUUAUAGAGAACCAGAAUCAGAAACCAUCGACCAGCCAGAUGUUGUUCAAAGAAGCCACACCAUAGUCUAUCCAGAUAUAACUAACUUCUUAUCAGUUGAUUGUAAGACCCGCUCCUAUGGAUCCAGAUACAGUGAAAGUAAUUUCAGUGUAGAUGACCAGGACCUUUCUAGGACUGAGUUUGAUUCGUGCGAUCAGUAUUCCAUGGCAGCAGAGAAGGACUCAGGCAGGUCAGAUGUCUCAGACAUAGGCUCUGACAAUUGCUCCCUGGCUGAUGAGGAGCAGACACCACGAGAUUGCCCAGGUCACAGGUCCUUACGUACUGCUGCCCUCUCUCUGAAAUUGCUGAAAAACCAAGAAGCAGACCAGCACAGUGCACGACUGUUCAUCCAGUCACUUGAAGCUCUUCUUCCUCAGCUUAUAGCUCUUCCCAGCAUAGAGGAGGUGGAUGGAGCACUGCAGAGCUUCUCUUCAACCUUCUGCUCAGGUAUGAUGCACUCACCAGGAUUUGAGGGAAACCUAAAUUUCAGCUUCCAGACUCUGAUGAAUGCAGACAGUCUCUACAUGGUCUCACAUUACACUCUGCUGCUCAACCUAAAAUUGGCCAACUCAGAUUACUACAGGAAGAAACCUGCCCAAGCCCCUGUGUUACUGAAGGAGUUCAUGAAGCAGGUCCAGUCCAGUGGAGUGUUGAUGGUAUUUUCCCAGGCCUGGGUUGAAGAACUGUAUCACCAGGUACUAGAAAGGAACAUGCUGGGGGAAGCUGGAUACUGGGGAAGCCCUGAAGAGCACAGCCUUCCACUUAUCACCAUGCUGACUGACAUCGAUGGCUUGGGAAGCAGUGCAAUUGGUGGCCAGUUGAUGGCAUCUGCUUCAGCUCAAUCUCCUCUUUCCCAAAACCAGAAGACAGAUGAUUCUGUUGUUGCAGGAGUUGCUUUUGCCCGAUACCUUUUAAUUGGCUGUUGGAAGAACUUGAUUGACACUUUGUCGACACCACUGACUGGCCGAAUGGCAGGCAGCUCUAAAGGUCUGGCCUUCAUCUUGGGAGCAGAAGGAGCCAAGCAGCAGAACCAAAAGGAGAAGGACUCCAUCUGUGUGAGUCUGGAUGGACUGAGGAGGGCAGCCCGGCUGAGCUGUGCUCUAGGAGUUGCUGCUAACUGUGCAUCUGCUCUUGCCCAAAUGGCUGCUGCUUCCUGUGUCCAAGAAGAGAAAGAGGAAAAAGAAAUCCAAGAGCCCAGUGAUGCUAUAGCUCAAGUGAAACAGAAAGUGGAGCAGAAACUGGAGCAGAUGGGGAAAGUGCAGGGAGUCUGCCUGCACACUGCUCAUGUUCUGUGUAUGGAUGCAGUCCUUAACGUGGGCCUGGAGAUGGGAAGCCACAAUCAGGACUGUUGGCCCCACGUGUUCAGGGUCUGUGAGUACAUCAGCACGCUGGAGCACACCCACUUCAGUGAUGGUGCUUCCCAGCCCUCCCUUACCAUCACCCAGUCACAGCAGGCACCUGGAGCGCUGCACCCAGACUCUGAGCCUGGGGAGUCUCCCCACGCACUGACACCCGAGCAGGAGACCACCCUCAGCAACAAUCCUGUCAUUCAGCCAGUUUCUAUCCAGGACCUCAUCAAGGAGAGCAGUAAGGGCAGAGCUUUUGACUUCCGUGGAGGCAGCCUGCUGUGUGGGACCAGUGCUGCCAAGGCUGUUCUCACACUCUCUACACAAGCUGACAGGCUCUUUGAAGAUGCUGCUGACAAGUUAAACUUGAUGGCAUUGGUAGGCUUCCUCUACCAGCUGAAGAAGGCUUCUCAGGCCCAGCUUUUCCAUUCAGUCACAGAUACAGUUGAUUACUCCUUAGCGAUGCCAGGAGAAAUAAAAUCUACCCAGGACAGGAGAAGUGCACUUCACUUGUUCCGACUUGGUGAUGCCAUGCUCAGAAUUGUAAGGAGUAAAUCUCGUCCGCUGCUUCACCUCGUGCGCUGCUGGAGCCUGGUGGCACCUCACCUGGUAGAGGCUGCCUGUCAUAAGGAGAGACACGUAUCUCGGAAGGCUGUCUCUUUCAUCCAUGACAUCCUCACUGAAGUGCUGACGGACUGGAGUGAGCCUUCUCAUUUUCACUUUAAUGAGGCACUUUUUCGGCCCUUUGAGCGUAUCAUGCAGCUAGAGCUGUGUGAUGAGGAUGUCCAAGACCAGGUGGUCACUUCUAUAGGAGAACUGGUGGAAAUGUGUUCUACCCAGAUCCAGUCAGGAUGGAGACCCCUGUUCAGUGCCCUGGAAACAGUGCACAGCAGCAGCAAGUCAGAGGUUAAAGAGUACCUUGUAGGAGAAUACUCUGUGGGAAAAUGCCAGCCUCCGGUGUUUGAUGUCUUUGAAGCAUUUCUGAACACAGACAGCAUCCAGGUCUUUGCCAAUGCAGCCACCAGUUAUAUUAUGUGCCUUAUGAAGUUUGUCAAAGGACUGGGGGAAGUAGAUUGUAAGGAGAUGGGUGACUGUGUGCCAGGAUCAGGGUCUGCAUCUACAGACUUGUGCCUUCCCGCGCUUGAUUACCUCAGGAGAUGUUCUCAGUUGUUAGCCAAAAUCUAUAAAAUGCCCCUGAAACCCAUCUUCCUCAGUGGUCGGCUGGUUAACUUGCCCCGAAGACUGCAGGAACAGUCAGCCAGCAGUGAGGAUGGCAUUGAGUGCAUCCUUUCAGACUUUGAUGAUGACACUGGCCUUAUCAAUGUCUGGAUUAUUCUGCUGGAAGAAUUAACAACUGCCAUAUCCAACUGUCCCCGCCAGCACCAGCCUCCUACUCUGGAUCUGCUGUUUGAACUGCUGAGGGACGUUGCCAGGACACCUGGCCCAGGCUUUGGCAUUUAUGCAGUUGUCCAUCUGCUUCUUCCCACGAUGUCUCUUUGGCUCCAUCGCAGCCAUGGUGACCAUUCUUACUGGGAUGUGGCAUCUGCUAAUUUCAAGCAUGCCAUUGGCCUUUCCUGUGAACUCGUAGUGGAGCACAUUCAAAAUUUCAUACACUCAGACAUUGGUUAUGAAGCUAUGAUUAAUACUAUGCUGAAAGAUCUUUUCAAGUUGCUAGUGGCCUGUGUAGCAGAACCAACAGAAACUAUUUCCAGAGUUGGCUGCUCUUGUAUCAGGUACGUGUUAGUGACAGCAGGGCCUGUUUUUACUGAAGAGAUGUGGAGGCUUGCGUGUUGCGCCCUGCAGGAUGCAUUCUCUGCCACUCUGGAGCCAGUAAAGAACCUGUUGGGCUAUUUCCACAGUGGUUCUGAAAGCUUUAGUGGAGAUGCCUGUGAAGUGAAGGUGGCAGCCCCCUCCCUCUCACCAAGUGCUGAAGCUGAAUACUGGAGAAUCAGAGCCAUGGCACAACAGGUCUUCAUGCUAGAGACUCAGUGCUCCCCAAAGACCCCUAGCAACAAGGAAGGGUUUGAACAUGCCCAGUCAUGCGUGCUUGUCAUUGACCUCCCACCAGAUAAGAAACCAAAUGGGCAUACCCAGAGAAGUAUUCCUUUCAGGACUAUAGUGGUGAGCUUGCUGUCCCACCAAGUACUGCUCCAGAACUUAUAUGACAUCUUACUAGAAGAAUUUGUGAAAGGCCCUUCUAACCUGGAGGAGAAAAUCACAGUACAAGUACCAGAAAACAAGUUGGCUGGUUUUCUCAGGUACAUCUCCAUGCAAAACCUGGCUGUCAUUUUUGACUUACUGCUGGACUCCUAUAGAACAGCCAAAGAGUUUGACACCAGACCUGGGUUGAAGUGUUUGCUGAAAAAAGUGUCUGGCAUUAGUGGAGCUGCCAACUUGUACCGCCAGUCAGCAAUGAGCUUCAACAUCUACUUCCACGCUUUGGUUUGUGCAAUCCUGACAAACCAGGAGAACAUCAGUGCAGACCAAGUGAAGAAGAUCCUUUUUGAAGAUGAUGAGAGAAGCACAGACUCAUCACAGCUGUGUUCUUCAGAAGAUGAAGAUAUUUUUGAAGAAACUGCGCAGGUCAGUCCCCCACGAGGAAAGGAGAAGAGACAAUGGAGGGCUCGAAUACCAUCUCUGAGUGUACAUCCCGUCAGCAACGCAGACUGGGGAUGGCUCAUCAAGCGACUUCAUAAGCUCUGUAUGGAACUGUGCAACAAUUAUAUCCAGAUGCAUCUGGACCUGGAGAAUAAUGUAGAGGAGCCUCCAGUGUUCAAAGGUGACCCUUUCUUCAUUUUACCAUCCUUUCACUCAGAAACCUCCACCCCAUCAACUGGAGGGCAAUCUGGGAAGGACACACCAUCAGAAGAUGACCGGAGUCAAACCAGGGACCAACUGGGUGACAGCCUGACACCCAGAGGAGGGAGUGGAGAAAUGUUGCUGCUACCCCCACCCCUAAGUCCUAAACUAGAGAAAAAAGAGCAGACCAGAAAAAAAGAAUGGUGGGAGAAUGCUGGUAACAAAAUCUACACCAUAGCCACUGACAAAACUAUCUCCAAGCUCAUGUCAGAAUACAAGAAAAGAAAGCAGCAACAGGCCAUGGCAUCCUUCACCAAAGAGGUCAAAGUGGAAAAGAAAGGGGAGCUCCUGGGUUCAAGAGGGCCAGAUUCACCCAUACUCCAGCGGCCACAACAUCUUAUAGAUCAAGGUCAAAUGAGGCAUUCAUUCAGUGCUGGUCCAGAGAUCCUGAGACAAGAGAAGAGACCACGCUCAGGAUCCACAGUCAGUUCCCUGAAUAUAUCUGUUCGGGAUGCCGAGGCCCAGAUACAGGCAUGGACCAACAUGGUGCUGACAGUUCUCAACCAGAUUCAGGCCCUGCCAGACCAAACGUUCACAGCCCUGCAGCCAGCUGUGUUCCCCUGUCUCAGCCAGCUGACUUGCCACGUGACAGAUAUCCGUGUGCGCCAGGCAGUACGGGAAUGGCUGGGAAGAGUGGGCCGAGUUUAUGAUAUCAUAAUUUAAACCUAGCUGUGCUCUCUGUUGCAAAGGGGAAAAGACAUCCAAGGUAUACAGCAAAGAAAUAUUUGGCGUUCAUUAAUUGCCUGUUUGUUAGUGAUAAAUUAAGAAACAAUGAGCUUGUUGAUAUGUAUCCUCUGCCCACUUGAGACUGUGUGUCCCUCACUCACACUAGCAAAGGAGGCAAAGCACGAGUAUGUCCAGGAGGAUCUGGAAUGCUCCCAGAACCUGCCAGUAAAUCUGGCUAGGAUGUAAGGGGGUGAUACAUUUCAAUCGCCUUCAUUUUAAUUCAAAUUGGCAACAGUGGGAGCCACAUGAAACUGCACCUGAACUUCCACACUUGCACUAUCUGUGAACGCAACUGUCAUGUGGGUGUCAAUUCAGGUGAGUAAACCUAUGUAACUUAAAAAAAUUAAAUUAAUAGAAGUCAGGAAAAAGGUGGGUUUAUAGGACAAGUAAAAAGGUGACACUUGUUAAGGGUAACCUUUUUCCCUCCUGAAAUUAGCAUGCGAGUGGAAAGCCAAAUCAAGAUUAUGGUAGUAACUAUAUGUGUUACUUACUAGAGAAAGUGGAAAUUUAUUUUGCUCUGAGAAGAGCCUUUGAAGUCUGGUCUUAUUCGGGGUAGCUAAUAAGUGACUAUCUCAGAUCUAAAAGGGGUGAACCAAGCACAGACUAUUCAUCCUUUCAUUGCUCUUGUGGAGUAUUGCUUGAAGAGAUAUGGCACCAUCCAGCUGCCCUCCCUACAGCUGUGUCUUCAGCUAUGCCUAAAGCUGAUCAUUUUUCCAUGUGUCUGAUUCCCUCUAAGGGCAAGAGGGAGGUUUGUUUUGCUGUUUCCUGUGAAGCUGGGGGGAAGACCCACCACAGAGCAAAUACCAGCAUGUGCCAAUAUCCAGCACCCAACUCAAGAGAGUAGUGUUCCAGUUUAAGCAACGCUGCAGCUAAGUUAGCUUCUGCUUCUACUGGAAACUUACAUGUUUGCUUAUAUAGAGCUGCUGUAGCCAGGAACACCCUUAUCACCUGUUACACUUAGCCUAUCACUCCACACUGAGCUGAAUCAAGAUGGAAAAUAGUCUGAAAGGCAGGUAUCUUUCCUGUUUUUCUCCCAUUUCUUGUCUGCUGCUGUGAAUAGAAGGAUACAGAUCCUCAUGAAUGUACAUCCCUUUCUAUGCAGCAAGUUGUUGAUAGUAGUAAGGGGUGGGAGAGGGGAAAGGAUUUGCUAUUGUGUUGUCAAAUACAUAAGUGAUGCUGUUCACACAAGACACAGCAAAGGGUUACUUUGCUGCACAAGUUGUGUCACAGCCCCUGAGACAUUUCUUCUUGUGCUCCCAUACUACAUAACUUGUUGAUUAAGAAGUUGAAAUCAUUUGUGGAAAAUCAGUUGGUUUUAAUCUUGGGUGAUCCCCUUAAUGAAGUUCUCCCAAGGCUUUUAGGCUUUUUAAAUGUGUACACCAACUAAAUAUACAGCUUCAGUCCCUGCUCCAAAGCAUCCUCAAAAUGGCAUCUCUUUAUAGCAGACCUGGAUUUUUCACAACUUUCAGCAACUUAAACCUUGGGAAAGAGAGGGAGCCAGGAGGCUCCCUUGGGCAGCCAUCACCCAAGCUGAUGUGUUUACAAAGAGGCUGCCACUGUCCUCCUGCCUUUUCCCUCCAUUGCCCACUUCCUGUUUGUUACCUGCUAGAUUUGUGCAGGGAAUAUUUGUCCCAUAGCUUUCUGUAGUGUCAGUCACAGUGUUGCCCUUUCUUUCAAAACUUCCCCUUUUAAAAUUGUUUCAAGGACAUGAAAAAAAAAAUCCUUAAAAACAAGUCUUUCUUACCAUCUAAAUUGACUUUAAAAAUUAAUAAUUUAACAAUUUAAAAAGUUUUCAAUAUUCCCCCAACAGCUGUAAUACUAAAAUUAGGUGACUAGUGGCAUGGUUUGAUUUCUGUUGCCAUGUCUUUCUUACACAUUUUUAGGUAAAGUAAAAGGGUGGAUGUAUUUUUGUUAAAGUGGGUUUUGUUGGCAUCUAUACAGAACUGCCUUUAAAGCAUGACAUCAACUAGGCAACAAAAAGAAAUCAGAAUAAUUAAUGGAAUGCAGAACACCCAACUCUGCUGUUUUUCAUUAUACAGGCAUUGAACGGAUGCAGAUCCUUGCUCUACUAAUCUAAAACUAAAGCAAACCCCUAAAUUAUGUUGGAGAAGUAAAACUGGUAGCAGCACCAAUGGACUCAGGACUCCAAAAGAGGGCCUAGUAUCUCAGAAACACUGGGGUUAUGUGUUGUGGUUGCAAUACAAAAAUCCCUCUGUAAAACAGAAAGAAAAGCUCUAGGAGUGACAAUACCACCACCCUCAAGCCCGUGAACACAGCAUAGGCUAGUGCUAUUUGAUUAGGCACCAUCUUAACCCAAAAUACCAUUUAAUUUCAAGUUUUUACACUAGAAAUGCCAUACUGGCACUGAGUAAAUGAGCUGUUGCUAUUGCCCUGCUUUAAACUUUGCCCUCCAAAUAAUGCACUGAGUGACCAUUUUCAUUCUCAGUGCCUUGGUGCGUGAACACCCUUCCCUAAGAGGUCAUGAGUAACUUUGAGUAAUUCCAGAGAUGUCAUUUAAAAGUAGGGGGAUGAAGGAAUCUUUGUUUAUGCAAAGCCUGCUGCUUCAAAAUUUGGCAUCUCGUGCUCUUCCUUAUAUGUAAAACAGUGAAAAGGUGAGGAGAGCAGGCCAUGGCCGCUUCAGGAACCAUUAAUCUGAGAUGCAGAAGCUUUUUCAUGCACCUCCAAAAUAUAAAUAAAUAACUAAAGUAUUUAGUUGAUUCAUCAGAUUCUCAGCUAUUUUUUUGCUAGUUUAGCCACAGACAUCAGCAAGCCCCAAAGAAGUACAACACUAAACAUGAAGUCAGUAUUUCAUAAACCUAUGCAGUCUAUUUCAUGCAUACUUUGGGCUUAAGGCUGCCAGUUGCUACCUUCAGGCCUCACAAAGUAAAGCCUUUAUCCCAGAGAAGACUGCCAGGACAGCCCCAAGAGAAGGGUAUGACACCAGCCCACCCUGUGCUUCAGGAGGCAACUCCCCAUUCCCAACACCCCAGUCGUGUCCAGCUGUACCAUGCUGCAGCAGCGUUUCUGCUUUCUCUUGUGAGUGGAGAAGUCAGUAGCACAAAGUAGCCCUUGUACCCACAUGUGCAAGUCUUUCCCAUAUAACCCAUUUAAAUCCUUACUUACAGCCCUAACAAUGCAUGAGCUAAUGGCAGCAUAUUACCAGCUUUACUGUUUUUUCCAGCCUUGAACCUCUGUCUCUUUGCUCUGGUUAAUGACCAAAUUGUUCUAUGCUCUUGCACUGUUUUGGUCACAUACAUUUCUAUUGGAGUUGGGUUUGAUUUUUGUUGAACUGGCCAGUUAUUUUUUAAAAUAGUUUGGCAUCUUUCUCAGGUACCAGAGCUGCACCUCUGCUCCUCUGCUGCCCUUGCCUAGUUCAUACCGCCCUCCUCAGGGGAGGACCGAUGCAUUCUUGUACAGAGUCCUGUAGCUCCAGUCACUGUCAUACUCUGAGCAUUCUGCAUACCCACAUUAGUAGUAUGUUCAUCAUGCUCACCGAAUAUCUUUGUGCUGCCAGCAAUGGUUAAUGCAGUUGUUUUAGUAACAUCCCCACAGCAGUCUUCUCUGAGUGUUCAGCAGCCACGGAGUUACCACCACUAUCUCUUGCUUAACGUGCUCUCAUGUCUUUAAGGUACUAAGAUACAGACAAUACUAGGGAUAAACACUCACAUGAGAAUAACUGGCAGUUCAGCAUCUAGAAAGAGUUAUUAGCAAAAGAUUUGCAUAGACCUGGACAAAACUUUCCUUGCAAAGCUCCCAGCACAGGUGACACAGGUUUUGCCUCAUCACAGAUAAAACAGUUAAUGUCCUCUGGACUGUAGCUGACUCAUGUCAAGGCCAAGCAGAGUUUAUACCUGUGACUUGCAAGGUGCUCUGCCUUUCAAUUUGAGCUUCACAUUUUUAAAACUUAAACCUUACUGUAAAAUUCAUGGGCAAACCCUCACUUGCCAAAGGUAAAACUCCCACCUCUAAACACCUUGCGUCACCCUAUGGGCUCUCCAUCUGCACUUGAUCUGGUAGCAUAUCAGUGUUGGUACCCCCACUGCAGGGCUCAGCACAGCACCCGUAUGAAACUGAGUGGCAAAUGAGUUCUCAAAUAGAGAGUUCCAGCUCCAGGUGCUGCCUGCAAUUUGUCCUUCUCUCCCCAGCUUAGACCCAUACUCAAAGUGCCUAAGCUGUUGAAAUCAAUGUGAAUUACAUACCUGGAUAUCUUUAAUACUCAGGACUCAGUCCUUGAAUCCUUCAGUCCCUACAUACAGGUUCACAAGUCCUCAGGAAAGGGAAAAUCCUGAACAGUUCCUAGUUUCAUGCCCUUUGCUGCUGUCCGCUAUACAUCCCUCUUGAGAAAUCCACAAGAAUCAUAGAAUCAUAGUCCCACAGCACAUACUCCCAUGCCCCCCAGUGCCCCAGAACUAAAACCUUCGCUUUUGCACAAAUCCAGUUUGGACAUUAAGGAGACUGACCAUAGCAAGCCAAAGCAAUUUAUUUCUUUCUAGCUCUUCUGUGUAGAAGCUUAUUCAGAAAUUGAGCAUGGGGUUUGGCUGUUUUCACCUUUAGCAAUCCAGUCAAAAAACGCUAUUACUUGGUGAGAAAUAGUUUUCAAUUGACAAGAAAAAAAAGUUAAGUCCUUUUUUUCCCUUUCCCUUCCUUUUGGGGGGAUGUGAUAAGUUUAUUUUUAAGCAAGCUAUUUACUGCACUUUGGUUACAGUCAUUUGUGGGAGGAUCUAUGUAUAGUGCUAAUCCGGGCAUAUGACAUGAAAUACAGUUAGCUUUUUUUCCAUUUCUGAUCAUUCCACAAUUAUUGAAGAAAUUAUGCAACAUCAUCAAUUAAAAAAAAAAAAAACAACAAACCAAAAAAACACUUUCCCAGCUUUUUAGUAUAAAAGGACCAAGUUACCAUACCACAGAAGCACAAAUGUUGGAUUUAAUGCAGUGUAAAUAUCAGCCUCCAGCAGCUACAGAUCCCUCUUCACUGAGCCUCUAUUUUUGAGUAGAGCUUCUCCAGGGGUACAAUGUAAGAGUCUCUCAGCAGCCCUCACCAGCAGCAUAUCUGGGACUCCAGAAAGUUGUACAGCUGCAAAGAAGUCAUAGCUCCUCUUUAUGUUGCUUCCACUAAUCCCCCUCAGAACAUACAUUUUAUAUGUGACACUAACUGUAUCACAUCAUACUAAACAAAACAGCUUUGGCCAAACACGGAGUGGCUGCCUAUUUAAAAAGAAAACACUAAACAAACAUAAAAGCAUAUGUCUUAAGUAUGCAAGAGUCUUGUCACUGCUCCAAGUCUCCAAGCUAAAAAUUAAAAGCAGAGGGAAGUGCCCUAAUGUUAUGGUUACUGGUGGAGCUACACUAUGAUUCUGGAUAAAUGCAAUAACGGGCACCCCCUGUGGGACCAGAUCCCUCAAAUCCUCUUUAUUUUUGGCAAAUUUGCAAGUUGAGGUUUGCAUAGCCUCCACUGCCACAUUGAAUCUGGGAACUAAGUUUAUGGAGGGCAUUUUUUUGUUAAGAAACAUGGCAACGGGAUCUCUUUAAAUCCUCUUACCUGCCUCUUUUGAAAAGGUAUUUACGCACUUCCAUAAAUUUCAUCAUAAAUGCCAUGGAGUGCCAGGGCCCUAGUUCCUGUGCUUGCGUUGGGUUCAUCUGGCCUGCAGUGAGGUGCUGUGUUUUCACAAGAAGCAAGCUGAAAUGAGAGCUGAGCUAUCAGAGAGGCACAGGUAAGGCACAAAUAUCACCUCCACAAGCAGGCUGCAGCUCCUGAGCCCCAGCUCUGCAGAAGAAAAGCAGGAUUCAGUACCAAAGGGAGAACUACCAGGAAGGGCAGAGCCCUGUACUGCACACUGUUUGCUGGAGCAGAUGGGAGCAAGAGAGUGAACGUAUGCAAUGACAGCAGUGAGCACCUUCUUUCAGUUCCCCUGACUUUCUCUCCCCUUUUUGUCAUUAUUUGUGAGACUGCAAACAUACUUGGAUAGGCCCCUCAGCCAGAACUGAAAACUGAAAGCAAGCCAAAGGGAGUAGACACUCAAUUUUGCCAAAGAUCUCAUCCUUCCUGUUCAAAAAUGAAAAAAAACCAAAUUUUAAUUCCAUUAUGAUGGCUGCCAUAGGAAGUGUUUUACCACAAAUCAUGAUUGCCAGGACUUAUCCCUCUAGCUGUAUAUUCAGGAGGAGCCACUAAUACUUUCUAAGAGAGACUGUAAAUUGUCUUGUCAAGCAAGCUCUUACUUUGGGUUUACCUUCUACUGAGUUCACACCUAUCUGCAAUUCCCUGGUCUCGUCCAUCUUUCCUCCCCUUGACCUGCUCUUCUUUAGGAAAACACCUCCCCUGUCCACCGCGUCCCAUUGUGCUGCUAGCUUGCUUUGGUCCUUGGGUGUCCAGUGGUCAGGCAGUCACUGUAAGCUGGCUUGCAAAUUGUAUUUUGUGUACAUUUUAUUCUGACUGAAUUCUGAAAUGGAAAUAUUUUAAAACAAAAAUUAUAAACUAUUUAUGUUGCUUGUGUUGCAGAAUAAAGAAGUAAAUGUAAAAUAAA